AUGGACCCGUUCACAGAGCUGCGGCAGCACGCGCAUGGCACGCACCCGCAGAAGAAGCGGCUGAACGUCGUGCUCGGCGUCAUCACUGACGUGAUCUACGACCGCCGCCGCAGUAGCAGUAGCAGCGACGCGCGCGCCACCACUUCGAUCUCCCCCACGGAGUACUUUGCAGCGCUCAUGACGGCACUGGACGCAGCGUCGGACUCGCACCGUCAAGAGGUGGCACAGCUGCUGUCGAUGGUGUUGCCCGAGGUCCCGCACGCAGUGCUGCGGUGCAAGUUCACGGCUGUAGCCACGUGCCUCACGACGGUACUGCAAGAAGCUGGAGACGAUACAGCGCUCUUGCGCUCCGCCAGCGCCUGUUUGGCUCGGACGCUGCUGGCGCAAGAGCCGUCGACGACGGUCUGGGCCCGUCCAGAGCUCAUCCGGAGCUUCCAGUUGCUGCUGACGCUGGCUAUGGACACGCGCCCCAAGGUGCGCAAAGCGGGACAGAAGUGGACCAUGGACGUGCUGGAGCUCCAUGCUGCUCGCGGGUGUGACGCGCUGUCGACGCACAUUGCGAGCUUUGGAGAGAACGUGCUGGCCAGUGCUGGCACCAGCGGGAAGGACGACCAGAAACUCGUGCUGCUCGUUGCGUUUCUCAAAGUGGCGCUGCCAUUGCUCCAGCGACAGGUUGUCGGCUCUCUUGUUGCAGCGCUGGCCAAGUUUCUCGAUGCCAAUUCGAAGACGUUGCGCUUGGUCACGUACGAAGCACUGGACGCGCUGAGUGCUGCACCAGAGUCGCAGUUGACAGCGGAUACCCUUUGCAAGCUCGUGGCGGCUGUUCUUGAUGCACAAAGCAGCGAGUCGCAGGACGCUGCAGGAGGGCCUGUGGCUAUCUAUGCUGUGCGCAUCCCGUCUCAAGCACUUGUUCGGCUUGCGUCGGUGAAUGCUGAAGCGGCCCGUGAACUGCUUCCUCGCGUGGUUAGUGCCGUGUGCUCUCACAUUGCCGGGGACAGCGACCGUGUGCAGCGCCAGGCCACGCGCUCGUUGCUGGGUGUUCUCAAGGCGAUCAUUACGCCAGACGUGCUCGAGACCGAGAGUACGUUCGAAGAUGUCGCUCGUGUGCUUGCCUCGUUGCAGAGUCUCACUUCGCUGCGGUUCCAGGGUGCGUGGAAGCACGUUUUCCCACUCCUUGCCGAGCUCUUCCGCUUCUACGGCUCUGCCAGUCGACCCGCGCUGGAGCCCAUUCUUGUCACGUGUUGCGAGCUGCACGAGGCUGCCGACCAGCUUCCACAGCAGCAACAAGAAGGUCGCAGUGCUCAGACACUGUCGGAUUUGUUUGCACUAGCGGCCGGUGCGGCCGUUGAAGCACUCGGCCCUCGCGCCUUCCUCGAAGUCGUUCCAAUCGGCCAUCCAACGGAGAUCGUGAGCGAACAUCGUGCGUGGCUUCUCCCGGUGUUCCGAAGUGCGCUGCGAUCGACACGACAGGGUGGCGAGCUCAGCUUUUUCGCGGACGUGAUCCUGCCGAUGGCCCGUUCGUGCGAAGCUGGUGCCCGUGAGCCAAGUGCGACUCCACUGCAAGCGAAGAAGCUGCAGACGUGUGCCAUGCAGCUCUGGUCGCUGUUCCCGAGCAUUUGUGCCCAUGCUGUUGACGUCGACACGCACUUCAAGAAGAUUGCGAAAGUCCUGGCGAGCGCCAUGGCCGACAAGCGAUACCCCGAGCUACGUCUGAUUGUGUGUCAAGGGCUCCAGGCGCUUGUAAAACGGACCCGCGCUCUGCUGCGGUCUGUUGCGCGCCGCUAUCACUGCGAGACGGACGACGCAGCGAUGGAAGACGAUCGGGCGGAAGAGGAUGAGGAGGAACAGGAUGACAAGCAGCUGGACGAAGCCAAGUUGGCUCGUGACCGUGCAGCAUUGGCCAAAUACUCGGGACGAUACGUGCCUCUGCUGCUCACAUUCUUGGAGGAGCUGGACCCGGAGAAAGACACGGAUCGUGCCCAGGUGCUGCUUGAUACGCUCGAAGGCUUUGCCUCGCUGGCCGAGGCUGAGCUGAUUGGCACAACGUUCAAGAAGGCGAUGCAAAAGCUGUUGGAGGCGACGACAGAAGCGAAGCGCAUCGAGGCCGGCGGUGCGAGCACUCAACUGAAGCGUGCGACGAAGCUCCGACAGGUAUCACAUGCUCAGAUGGCGCUCGCAUUGGCCCUGCUGGCCCACGUAGACGACGUCAAUGUAGCGUUGCUGUAUCGCGUGAUCAAGCCAUAUUUGCUGGACGAUACCGACGCUGCAAUGCAGAAGCGGUCGUACGCUGCCCUGGUGGCUGUCUGUGACCUGCACCCGACGUUCCUGGCGGAGGAGGCUCAACUGCAGGACCUCACACGCGCAAUCUGUGAGUCGCUGCUCACUUGCUCGGUGUCAGCGAAGAAAAUGCGUCUGCGCGUGCUCGCCCACUUGAUCCGAGCGCUGCAAGCCCAGCCUGCCAGCGACGGACUUGCAGAGAAGGAGCUGGUGCCGAACCUCGUUGGGGAGAUCAUGUUGUGUACGAAAGAGGCCAACGGCAAAGCUCGUGAAGCCGCUUUCGAGUUGUUGGUGGCCAUGGCGAUGCUUCUGCGUGCUCGUGCCCCGCAGACUGGACUCAUGGAAUUCAUCCAGAUGGUCCUUGGUGGUCUCGCAGCUCGAACGCCGCACAUGCGGAGCGCUGCAGUGAUCUGUCUCAGUCGAUUGGUCUUCGAGUUUGGCCGUGACGAGCCUGCGAUUGCACAGGCCAUGCCGGCGCUGCUCAAGACAGUGCUCCUGCUGCUGCACGAGAAGGCCCGCGAAGUGAUCAAGAGCGUGAUUGGGUUCAUGAAGCUCGGCAUUGCAGUGCUGCCGAAAGACGAGCUGGACGCGUUCCUGCCGGAUAUCAUCAACGGAUUGCUGGUCUGGAUCGGGGAGAGCAAGAACCGCUUCCGUGCCAAGACGCGCAUUAUCCUCAUGAAGCUGUGUCGCAAGUUUGGCUACGAGCACGUGGCUGCGCUCGUGCCCGAGGAAGACCGGGCGCUCAUUCGCCACAUCAAAAAGACAAAGGAGCGCGAGGACAAGAAAAAGUCCGAGCUCGCUGCAGAAGCUGCCGAGCGUCGUGCUGCCAAGAAGAACCGCGACACGUUUGAAGAGUUUAUGGCCGACUCGGAUGAUGACGACGAUGAAGCUGGAGCUGCUGACGAUGGUGACGAUGACGCAGCCGCAGCAAUGCAAGUGCUGAAGCGCAAGAAGGACUUGCACCGGAAGCACAAGGGCGGCAAAGUGAUCCGUGAAGACGAGGACGAGAUCCUCGACUUCCUCGACGACAAUGCCGCCGUGAAGAACAUCCUCUCGGCCCACGCGAGCGGUCGUCGGGGCACUGCUGGCGACGACGACAGCGACGACGGGUUCCAAGUGGCAAAAGACGGCCGGCUGAUUGUGCCUGGCGACGACGACGAGAUGAACGGCGGAGGCGACAGCGAGGCCGACGACAAUGACAAUGACGUCGACCGGAUCAAGCACGACGUGGCCUCGCAGCUGCACCGCAUGGGGCUCGCGAACAAGCCGAGCGACAAGAGCGGGCGGGCGAAGCGCAAACGGGGCGGCGAGAGCGAUCCCACCAGCGAAGGCCGCGAGUACCGCGCGAAGAAGGCCGGCGGGGACAUGAAGAAGAAGGGCAAACUCGAGCCGUACGCGUACAUUCCACUGGACCCGAAGCUCAUGGCCAAGCGCAACAAACGCCAAGCAGUGACGCGGUACGGCGGCAGCGUCGGCAAGAGACGGGGGAAGAAGUGA